AUGGGAACCCCAGCUCCCCGAGGCUUCCUCCUGCUGCUCUUGGUUGCACUGACUCCAACUCUGGCCCAAACCUGGUCCCACUCGCUAAGCUAUCUUGACUUCGCUGUGUCCAGACCUGGCCUGGAGCCCCGGUACAUCUUCAUUGGCUACGUGGAUGACAAGCAGUUUGUGCACUUCGACAGCAAUGCGCAGAGUCAGAGAUUGGAGCCAAGGGGUCCGUUGGUGGAGAAGUUACCGCCAGAGUAUUGGGAGCAAUGGAUGUCAACAGUCAAGAUCCGCAAACAAAAUGUCCCAGUUCUCCUACAGGCCGUUGUCCAAGAAUACAACGUGAGCCAGGACGUCUCUCACACUUUCCAGUGCUUGGAGGGCUGUGUCAUUGGGCCGGAUAGGCGCUUCCUUCGAGGGUACAGUCGGCACGCCUUUGAUGGCCAGGAUUACGUUGCUCUGAGUGAGGACCUGAAAACAUGGAGGGUGGCUGACUCAGCGCCUCAGAUCACCGGGCAAACCUGGAAGAAGACUGUUCCAGCAGAGUCCCGCCGGGCUUUCCUUGAGGUGGAGUGUGUGCGGCUCCUCCUCGGCUUCCUGGAGAUGGGCAAGGAGAUACUGUUGUACACAGAUCCCCCAAAGGCACAUGUGACUCAUCACCCCAGACCUGAAGGGGACGUCACCCUGAGGUGCUGGGCUCUGGGUUUCUAUCCUUCGGAGAUCACCCUGACCUGGCAAAGAGAUGGGGAGGACCAGACCCAGGAUAUGGAGCUGGUGGAGACCAGACCAACAGGGGACGGAACCUUCCAGAAGUGGGCAGCUGUGGUGGUGCCUUCUGGGGAGGAGCAGAGAUACACAUGCCACGUGGUCCAUAAGGGACUGCCCAAGCCUCUCAUUCUGAAAUGGGAGACACCUCAGCCCACCAUCCCCAUUGUGGGAAUCACUGCUGGUCUGAUUCUUCUUGGGGUUGUGGUCACUGGAGCUGUGGCUGCCAUGGUGAUGAGGAAGAAGAUGAGCAGAGGUAGGGAAGGGGUUGCUUUCUGA